CACGACAACGAACCAGUGUGGUCACGUAGGCCCACCGAAUCGCAUGUGGUGGAUGGAUCUUUCUCACUUCGAAUCGACGCCGAGUUAAAAAACAUGUUAUAACCGCGUUGUAUCCUCUCGUUAUCGCGCGAAACGAGUAACGCCGAUAUAAUUAACGCGUUAAAGGACGACGAUCAUCAGCUGCGAGUCUAGAGAGAGAAAGAGAGAGACAGAAAGAAAGAGAGAGAGAGAGAAAGAGAGAGAGUGAGAACGAGUAAUCUCGGAACAACGUAGAUUUUAAUAGAAGAUCAUCUGUAUAACCUCUGCUCUGAAGCCUUAGUGACUUGCAUGAUCAUAAACGUUUUACAACUUAUUUACAAGCUUACGUGUGAUAUAAAAUGAAGUGGUCUCCGGGUGCUCUGUUUUGUGAACAAGUGGGUGAACUUACUCGGGUAUUCUCUCAGUGGAACGAGUGCGAACAAACCGUGGUACUUUAUGCUCUACUUCGUCGCAUCCCAGCUGUUCAAGCAAGAUUUCUGGCACAGGCUGUACAACAUUCUCUUCACUCUGUUUCUGAGUUGGAUACACAAGAAUUGAAUGCUAACAAUCCAGCUUUCAUUAAUUCAUUACUGUCAGAAUCGACUGAAGUUGCAAUCAAUCAACUUUUAACACAUCUCCCGCUUUUAAGGCCUGGAAAUAUAGAGUGCAAACAAUGUUAUCUUGUUGCAAUACCUGAGUUAGUGAGUCAUUGUGUGACCACGGGCCAAUAUACAGAACAGACACAGCAGUUGCUAAGUUACACGUUAAUUCACCCUGCUAUAACUAGUCAAGACAGACGCUCGUUAACCCAAUGGCUAAGGCAUCUCGAAGAACGUAUCAGUGGCACUCCAUCUAUUCAUAGUCUCGAAGAAUAUACAAACACCUCAACUAGGUGGGAUAAUGUAUGGCAAAGAAGUUCUAAACAACAACAACAACAACAAUCAAACGAACAAACACAUUUGUUUGGCACACAACCAACUACUACAUUUAAUCUACAAUUUCCUCCUCCCUUAACUCGUCAACGUCGUUCAAAUAGUUUAACUCCUCCAGUUGCACCACCACAUCAUCUUGAAGUCGUUGAUCGUAGCAAUAACGCAAAUAAUUCCACAAGACACAAACCACGCAGUUUUAGUAUUUCUGGAGAUCAUACCAGCAAUCUAAUAGGUUUAGGUCCUCUCAGUCCACAGAGUUCUUGUGCAAGCAGCGGUAGUGAGGGUCGUUUAGAUGAAGCUUCGAAUCGUACAUUGGCAAGUGGAAUGAAAGAUGUACCAUCAUGGCUUAAGACAUUACGCCUGCACAAAUACAGCUACUUGUUUGUUACACUAAGUUACGAAGAAAUGUUACAACUAACAGAAGAACAAUUAGCCGAACAAGGUGUAACAAAAGGAGCCAGACAUAAAUUAGCUCUUUCGAUUGCUAAAUUGCAACAACGUUACACGACUCUUGUUAAUUUAGAAAAAGAUUUAUUACAACCAACUCGUGAUGGUACACAAGGAACUUCAUUUUCACAAGGCCCUAUACUACUUGUCAAUACUCUUGAUGAAUUGAAGACCAUAUUAGCGACACCUUUAAAACCAAGUCAGGAAAGUGAUCCUCAGGAUAUACCUGCGCAAUUUACGAAAGUUCUUGGAAAACUUUGUAGUAGACUGGCACUGGAUAGUGUAGACGAUGGAAUUUUAUGUGCAUGCAUUAAUAUAUUAGAAAAGGUAUUGCAACAUGACUGCUUUACUCCAAAUCAAAAGGAGAAGGUACAACAAUGGCGUAGUAGACUUGGCAAUCCACGACCCACACCAAAGUGGCAAUAUAAUUAUGGAUAUAAUAAUCGGAGAUUUUGUAAUCUCCAACAACACAAUAGAAAACCGAGUUUAAAUUUGAGUCACAUUCACAACACUCAUUCACAUAACAAUUCUUUUACCGUCAGUCCACAUAGAAAUAGUAUAUCUACACCGUAUAUACAAAAUAAUCAGAUCCAAACUAUGAAUCAGAAUAACUUACGUCCAGUACAUACGGCUGAGAAAAGACCUAGUUUACAGGAGAACAGUUUAGAGCAACUUCAAAGAACGUUGCAACGAACAUAUAGUGCACCAAGAGAUCAUUUUCUUGGCCAAGGAGGAGGAGGAGGAGGUGGUGGUGGUGGUGGUGGUGGUGGUGGUGGCGGUGGUGGCGGCGGAGGAGGAGGAGGAGGUGGUAGUGGACCGGAAACAACAGAACCGGAAAUAAAUUCAAGUCUUGAAUCUCUCUGCUUGAGAAUGACCGAGCAAGCGAUCGGUGGUUUCGGUGAAGUCUAAAAGAACAUUUCUCCUCCGUAGCCGUAUUAAUGGACGUAUCGUAAGUUCCGUCUAAAACGAAAAAAGAAAAAGAAAAGAAAACAAAAAUCAUACAUUAAUACUUGUUCAAAUAAUCAAUCAUUGCCAAAAGUGGGUAAGAAAAGGGAAGGGCGAGAUGGGUAAGAAAAAAAAAAAAGUAUAUGCGGUGAAUUUUGAAAUCGAUGAAAAUGGAGAUGCAAAUGAAAUUGAAAUUGGUCGGUAAUGACAAAUGACAUUUUAUAUAUAUAUAUAUAUAUAUAUAUAUAUAUAUAUAUAUAUAUUCGCAUAUUUUAUUGCGAUAAUAAUAUAAAUAUAACAUUACACUCUCACGCUUUAAUAACACUACCAAAUGAAGAAGGAGAAGAAGAAGAAAGAAAAGAAAAAAAAAAGAAAAAAUAAAUGUUUGACAAUUGAGAUGAUUGCGUUUAAAAGAAAAGAUGAGGUCAUAAGUAUGUGGGCGACGUGAUCAUAAAUGACUCAAAAUAUAUAUAUGUGAAUCAUAUUUUUUAUUAUAUCCGAUGCAAUUCUACUGUUAUAUGAAACUGACAGAAUUUGGCGAGCCAAAUGCUAUUAGAAAGAUAGAUUCUUUCCUUGACUUAGCUGCAUCUAUAGAAGAAAAAAAAAAAUAAAAAAAUAAAAAAAAAAUAUAUGAAUAAAAUAUAUAUAAAUAUAUGUAUAUGUAUACACACAAUAGGAUUUUAAGAGAAAGAAAGAAGGGAUGAAAGAAAGAAAGGAAGAGAUAUAAAAUCGUAUAAAAUACAAAGAAAAAAAAAAGAAAAGAAAAAAUGGGAGGAAGAGAGAGAGAGAGAAAGAGAGAUAGUGCACGAAAAAAAGGAUGUGAAAACUCUGCCGUGCGAUAUUUGCAAUAUUAUUUUUCUCGUGUUAUCCAUUUCAGGAAAUGGAAUUCGUCUGAUUUUAAGCCAGGACACAUUAUAGUAAUGUAAUGUAAUAAUUUUUUUUUAAAUGAAUAUGGACUGAUUUUACUUCUUUUUAUUUUUAUUGCUGCUGCUAUCACUACAAGUACUAUUACUAUAUUACUAUAACUACUAUCACACUAUUAUUACUUACUACUAUUACUACUACUACUACACUACUACUACUACUAUUCUUACUACUACUAUACUAUACUAUACUACUACCACUACUACUACUGUGCUAUUGCUAUUACUACCGCUAUUGCUGCUAUACCUAUUGCUAUUAUUAUUACUAUUACUGCUAAUGCUACCACCAACUGUUGUUAUUAACAAUAUUCUGUCUCUAGAGAAAGGCAAAAAAAAAAGCAAAGCAAAAAUAUACUUAAAGAAUAAGGCUCAUGAUAUUACCGUUCGUGAGCUAUAUAUCUCUUUUUAUAUAUAUGUAUAUAUGUAUGUGUAUAUAUAUAUGUAUAUAUAUAUAUAUAUACAUAUAUAUAAAGAGAAAAAGCAACUACGUUCCCGCAAAGCGUUGAGAACAAAAAUAAAAAUGUAUAAUCGCGUGUAUGCUUCGUAAUUUGCGCGCAGAUCUCGUGAAUUCCUAAGUAUUUGUACUGACUGUUAUAUUUUUCUUAUUUUAAACAAAAAAAGAAACCAAGUUAAAAAAAGAACAAAAAAAAGGAGAGAGAGAGAGAGAGAGAGAGAGAGAAAAAGUGAGAGAGAAGAGAAAAAAGAAGAACAAGUGUUUUAGACUGUCGCGGGUUAGUAUUACAAUAAUAAUAAUAAUAACGGACGUAAGGGCCUUAAUUAAUUAAAAUAAAAAAAGAAGAAGAAGAAGAUGCUUAGUCUAAUGUAAUACGAUUAGAGUGAUGUCUCUCGUAUGUAUGUAUGUGGAAGUAAAAGUUAAAUGACGAAGAAGAAUAAAAAUAAUAAUAAUAAUAUAUAUAUAUAUAUAUACACAUAAAUAUAUAUAUAUAGAAAUUUUUGUGCGGUGUGACAUCGAAAUCUGUGGCUUUAAAUUAUAAGCAUACAACAUCAACAACAUAUUAUUAUUAUUAUUAUUAUUAUUAUUAUUAUUAUUAUUAUUAUUAUUAUUAUUAUUAUUAUUAUCAUCAUCAUGAUGAUGAUGAUCAUCAUCGUCGUCGUCGUCGUCAUCAUAGUCAUCCUUAUUAUCAUUGUCAUUAUCAUUAUCAUUAUUCUAUUAUGAUUAUGAUUAUUGCAAUUAAUAAUAAUAAUAAUAAUAAUAAUAAUUAUAAUUAUUAUUAUUAUUAUUAUUACUCUUAUUAUUAUUAUUAUUAUUAUUACGGAUUUUAAAUCGAAGGAAGAAAAAAAAUACCAGAACUUAGCAUAAUAUUUUCGUGCAAGUAUAAAAAGAAAAAACCACAUAAUAUGUUAGCGAAGUAUAAUAACUAUGCGAUUUAAACGUAAAGAGGGUAAAAAGAAAAUGAAAAAAAAAAGAAGAAAGCAAGAAAGAAACUCAGUUUAAAGAAAAUAAAAUAAUAAUAAUAAUUAAAGAACGUAAGAACUAUAAUGAAGAAAAAAAGAAAAUAAAAAAAAAAAAAGAAGAAAAAGGAAAAAAAACGAAUAAAAAAUUAAAUGAAAGACUGAAUAUUUCACGUGUUCUCGCAUACGCGUGAAUGAAACAAUUGGAAAAGACUGCGUAAAGAAAAAUAAAUAAGAAAAUGGAAGAGGAAGAAGAAAAAGAAGAAGAAGAUGAAAGAAUUCUGGCAAAAUAAUAUAAUUAGAUAUUAGAAUGGUGGCAUGUGUGAAAAAAAUGGAAAAAAAGAUAUGAGAGAAUAACAAUGGCAAAGAAAAUAAUAAUAGUUGUAUACUAGAAUGUACACACAUAAACACAUAACACAUAUAUAUAUAUAUACAUAUAUAUAUUACAUAUAUAUUAUAUAUAUAUAUUAUAUAUUAUUAUAUUAUAUAUUAUUAUUAUUAUAUUAUUAUUAUUAUUAUUAUUAUAAUUAUUAUUAUUAUUAUUAGAGGAUAAAAAAAUACGUACAAGGCCACCACGCGGUGAUUUCAAAGUUAGUAGAGAAGAAUACGAGUUAUCCUGCCAGUAAUAAACGAACUGCCCUAUAUAUGGUUGCACCAAACAAUAAUUGCAAGGUAGACGACUACUCCUUACAUGUGGAUGGGCACAAUAAAAAGAGCAAGGGAGAGACAGAGAAAAAGAGAGAAAUAGAGAUAGAGUUAGAAAUAAAGAUAGAUAAGAAAAUGAUGAUAUUCGAUGAUUGAUAUCUUGCGAGAAGAACGCUUUAAUCUAAUUGAUCAACAACUUAUAAUAUUCAAUCAAAUGGAACUGAAAAAACCUUUUGAAUAUGCAAGAGGAAAAAUGAUAUUGAGGAUAGAUAGAAAAAUAGAGAAAUAGAGAGGUAGACAUAGAGAGAUAGAGAGAAAGAGAGAGAGAGAGAGAAAGAGAGAGUAGGAUGAUCAAAAGCUAGUCAAACCAUACGUUUCUAAUUUCUAUCAGCUAACAUAUAUAGUUAUUACUCGCGUACGUUACCCUCUGCAUCGAACCAGAAACAUAUAUUUACACACAUACAUACAUACAUAUAUAUACAUGGAAAGGAAGAUAGUAGAAGAUAGAGAUACAUAUGCAGAUAUAAUAUACAUACAUACAUAAAUACAUAAUAUACAUACAUCACACAUGAACAAAAAAAAAAUACGAAGUAUAUUAAUAAAUGAAUGAUCAAUAAUUAAUGAAUAGAUACGUAUACGUAUUAGCACGUAUGUAUAUGUAUUUGUUUGUUUUUGAUAAGAGAAAAAGAAGAAGAAAAAAAAGGAGAGAGUGAUAGAGAGAGUAAAUGAUAUCCAGUUCGAUAAAAGUAAUAAUUGUUUAGUGAAAAUACUGAAAGACUGUUCCCCGUGAAUGGAUUUUUUUUUUAUCUUUUUUCUUUUGAUUAAUAAUUUGUUUUCUUUAUGGUAUCACAGUGCAACAUCGUACUGUAAUUUCCAAAUGAAGAGGGGAAAGAAAGAUUGAAAAAAGGCAGGACCUAAAAAGUAAUUGACUACUAAAAACCGAGUGAAAGAGAAAAAGAGAAAGAAAGAGAAAGAUAAUCUAUGGAUAAAAAUCUGUAUGUGAGAGAGGGAGAGAAAUUGAUGAAGUAUAUGAAUGAGAGUGAAAGAAUAAAAAAUAGAAAAAGACAUAGAAUGUAUGAAUGAGAGAGAGAGAGAGAGAGAGAGAGGUUUUUAUUGCUAUUAAGAAUGAAAAUAAUGGUCGCCAUCGUCUUUUUUCCCCUUUCUUUUUUCUUCCCCCUUUCACUAUUUUCAUCUAAUCAUAUAUAGAAAAAGAGAAAGAAAAAGAAAAAACUCAUUGUACUUAUUGUGAUAGUUGCUGUAACGUGAUAACAAUGACGGACAUUUGGCUUUAAUUUUUUAUCCCCCACUGCACUGGUGGCACUUGACGAAAAGAAAAAAAAGAAACAUUAAAUUAAAUUAAAUUAAAUUAAAUUAAAUUAAAUUAAAUUAAAUUAGAUAAUUAUCGUAAUCAAUAAGACGAAUUUGAACAAUUUAAUUGUAAGGGAAAAAAGAAAGAAAGAAAGAAGAAAGAAACCCGCACGAGAGAGAAAGAGAGAGUGAGAAGCAAAAAUUAGACACGUACAUUAUUCUGUUGUAAAUGGAAUAAUGAUGAAAAGAAGAGAGAGAGAGAAAAUAUGAUAACAAAAUGGCGACCAAUUACGCAUUAUUAUUAUUAUUACUAUUAUUAUUAUUAUUAUUAUCAUCAUUAUUAUUAUUACUAUUAUUUUAUUAUUAUUAUUCUUAUGGGCACCCUUACAUAUACAUACAUAUAUACAUACACACAGAUGUAAACACAAAAUUUAAAUUUCCUGCGUAAAUGCAAAGUAGCCGUUCUUCUCUUUUUCUUCUUCUUUUUUUUCUAUAUAUAUAUAUAUAUAUAUUUUUUUUUGCUUUUUUCUUUUCGGCGCAUCAACUUAAGCCGACAUUUCUUUUUGACGCGUGAAACUUUUAAAAGCGUAUGAUUUUCUCGAAUGCGUUAGAUUUUUAUGCACGUGAUUUUCUUUUUUUUUUUUUCUUUUUUUUCUGCUCUUGUUUUGCUUUCUUUUUUCUUUUUAUAUUUUAUUUGUUCUUUCGUUCGUUCGUUCGUUCGAUCAAUGGGUUUCAUUGAGGAUAUCUCAUUGUUUCGACAAUGAAAGGAAUAGUAAAACAAAGUAAAACAAAAAUCUUGUGCAUAAAAGUAGGUUUUAUUUAGAAAUUUAGAAACAAUGAAAGGGAAGAGAAAGGAAAGAAAAAGAGAAAAGAUAAAAGAAAAGGAAGAAAGGAACUAACCUUGUGCGUAAUAGCGGCCUUGAUAAUUUUCCUCAUAUGCCGUAAAAAAAAAAAAAAAAAAAAGAAAAAGAAAAAAGAA